ACGAGCAGGGACACCUUGCACCGUCUGUGGGGUGCAGGGGGGAGGGGGGAAAUCCACGGGGGCAUUCAAUAGCACAAAGCUGGAAUGUCCCUCCAAGAACAGCCAUCCCUUUGGAUCUAUUGCUUUGCAUUGCUGCUCCAUUUGUAGCAUUAUGUUUGUGACCAGUUUAUCCUCCUCCAUCUAAUUUAUUGAGCCCAGCUCUCUUCGUACCUUGAUGUCCAUCCUGUCACUACGGAUCCGUGAAUUAAAGGCUCACUGCAGAUCUGUGUAAUUUAUGCUCUAUGUCUUGCCACCAACUUGCUUGAGAUCCAGUAUUUCCAAUCGGUGUGUUGCUUUUCCACCAACAUGUCUGCUCCUCUUGGGCCCAGGGGUGGCCCUCUGCCUCCUGCACAGCCACUCUUGCCUGAGAUGCCAGAUCUUAGCCAUCUAACGGAGGAUGAGAGGAAGACCAUCCUUGCAGUUAUGGACCGGCAGAAGAAAGAAGAAGAGAAGGAGCAGUCAGUACUCAAGGUGAAAGAAGAACAAAAACCCCAACUGUCGCAGAAAUUGCACCAGCAGUUUGAAUCGUACAAAGAGCAAGUGAAGAAGAUGGGCGAGGAGGCUCAGCAGCAGCAAGAACAGAAAGGAGAUGCGCCCACUUGCGGGAUCUGCCACAAAACAAAAUUUGCAGAUGGCUGCGGCCAUAACUGUUCAUAUUGCCAAACUAAGUUCUGCGCACGUUGCGGAGGGAGAGUGUCAUUGCGCUCAAGCAAGGUAAUGUGGGUAUGUAAUUUGUGCCGAAAACAACAAGAAAUCCUCACAAAAUCAGGAGCCUGGUUCUACAGCAGUGGGUCAAACACAGCACAGAAGGCCGGCGAAGAGGCCCAGCCGGGACUCCAGAACGAAGAAGCACCUCAGGAGAAAAAGGCUAAGCUACAAGAGCCGUCCCAAUACCAGGGACCCUCAGGGGACUUAAUAACACCAGCCUCAGACAAGAGCAGGUCACAAGGGAUCGUACGGCAAGACUCCAUUAAGAAUGGCUCUGGAGUAAAACACUCAACUGCAAGUGAUCUACCAUCCGACAGGAAAAGAAGCCCCUCAAUAUCUAGAGACCAGAAUCGAAGGUACGAUUCAAGGGAAGAUAUAGGAGAACAUUCGCAGUAUGUUACAUCAGACAGCGCAAUGCCUAGGUCACCGUCGGAUUACUCUGAAGGGCGAUCGCCGCGUGGGCCUCAGCUAUAUGACGAUCCUGAGCAUGGCGAUUACAGGAGAAGUCGGCGGCGUUCUAAUGAGUAUUCAGUAGAUGAGGAGGACAUUCAGGACAGGGAUGAGUAUGAGCGGCAGAGAAGAGAGGAGGAGUAUCAGGCAAGGUACAGAAGCGACCCUAAUUUGGCUAGAUAUCCAGUUAAACCCCAACCCUAUGAGGAGCAAAUGCGAAUUCAUGCAGAGGUAUCCAGGGCUCGUCAUGAAAGAAGACAUAGCGACGUAUCUUUAGCUCACACCGAGUUAGAAGAGUCACGUAUGUCCAUGUUGAGGCUAGACCGGCCGUCAAGGCAGAGGUCUGCUUCUGAGCGUAGAGCGGCCAUGGAAAGCCAGCGCUCAUUUUCUAUAGAAAGAACUAGAGAUGUGCAGGGGCCAAGUCCUAAUCGGCAAAGGAACUCAAAUCACAGCCCUCCAACGCCUAGAAGGAGCCCCAUUCCUAGUGACAGGCCCGAUUUGAGGCGUACAGAUUCUUUAAGGAAGCAGCACCACUUGGAUCCAAGUUCUGCAGUGAGGAAAACCAAAAGGGAAAAAAUGGAAACUAUGCUAAGGAACGAUUCACUUAGUUCAGACCAGUCUGAAUCGGUCCGACCACCACCGCCCAAGCCUCAUAAAACAAAAAAAGGAGGUAAAACGCGUCAGAUUUCAUUGAGUAGUUCGGAAGAAGAGUUGGCAUCUACACCGGAGUACACAAGCUGUGACGAUGUUGAGAUUGAAAGUGAAAGUGUGAGUGAAAAAGGGGACAGUCAAAGGGGAAAAAGAAAAACUAGUGAGCAGGCAGUUUUGUCGGAUUCAAACACCUUGUCUGAAAGACAAAAGAAAAUGGUGUGCUUUGGAGCCCACUCUUUGGAAGAGGACUUGGAAUGGUCUGAGCCUCAGAUUAAAGACUCUGGGGUAGACACGUGUAGUAGCACCACCCUAAACGAGGAGCAUAGCCAUAGUGAGAAGCACCCUGUUACAUGGCAAGCAUCCAAAGAUGGCGACCGAUUAAUUGGCCGCAUCUUGUUAAACAAGCGGUUAAAAGACGGGAGUGUUCCGCGAGAUUCCGGAGCGAUGCUUGGACUGAAGGUUGUAGGAGGUAAAAUGUCAGAGUCUGGUCACCUAUGCGCUUAUAUCACCAAAGUGAAGAAAGGAAGCCUAGCGGAUACUGUUGGACGCCUGCGACCGGGUGAUGAAGUGUUAGAAUGGAAUGGUCGGAUUUUGCAAGGCGCCACAUUUGAAGAAGUUUACAAUAUAAUUCUGGAGUCCAAACCUGAGGCACAAGUAGAAUUAGUGGUCUCCAGACCGAUAGGAGAUAUACCUAGAAUACCUGAUAGCACACAUGCCCCACAGGAUUCCAGUUCUAGUUCAUUUGAAUCCCAGAAAAUGGAUCGCCCCUCCAUAUCUGUUACAUCCCCUAUGAGUCCUGGAAUGUUGCGUGAUGUCCCCCAGUUUCUGUCUGGACAACUUUCAAGCCAAAGCCUUAAUAGAAGAACAGCGCCUUUUGUUCCUAGGGUCCAGAUAAAACUCUGGUAUGACAAAGUUGGCCAUCAAUUGAUUGUCACUAUAUUAGGAGCUAAGGACUUGCCAUCAAGAGAGGAUGGCAGACCGAGGAAUCCUUAUGUUAAAAUUUAUUUUCUUCCUGAUCGAAGUGAUAAGAACAAAAGAAGAACAAAGACGGUGAAGAAGACGUUAGAACCCAAAUGGAACCAAACGUUCAUUUACUCUCCAGUUCCUCGAAGAGAGUUUAGAGAACGAAUGUUGGAGAUUACACUUUGGGAUCAAGCCAGAGUUCGAGAGGAAGAAAGUGAAUUCUUAGGAGAGAUUCUAAUUGAAUUAGAAACUGCACUUUUAGAUGAUGAACCACAUUGGUACAAGCUACAGACGCAUGACGUGUCCUCGUUGCCACUUCCCCACCCGUCUCCAUUUAUGCAACGGAGACAAGUGCACGGAGAGAGCCCGACUAGAAGAUUGCAAAAUAAAGGCCCAUAUUCAUAUAAUUCAGGAUCCAAAAGAAUAAGUGAUAGUGAGGUGUCUGAUUAUGACUGCGAUGAUGGAGUCGGGGUCGUGUCAGAUUUACGGCACAAUGGUCGCGAUAUGCAGAGUUCAACAUUAUCCGUUCCAGAUCAAGUCAUGUCAUCGAAUCACUGUUCCCGAACUGGAUCGCUCAAUGUUGAUAGUAUAGGAAGGACAAGAUCCUGGUCUCCUAGUGUUCCACCUCCACAAAGGAGUAUGGACCAGGGACCAAGUGGGACGAGAUCUGGCCCCGCACAUUACAAUUUCAUGGGCAGAGCGGAAAGGCAUCGUACAGUUGAUAACCACUACUCCCCUGACAGAGAAAGGAAUUGUGAAGCGGCAGAUAGACACCCAUAUCAGAGAUCCAGGUCCACAGAACAACGGCCUGUACUUGAGCGGACCAACUGCCGCUCCAGAUCCACUGAGCGCCCUGACUCAAACCUCAUGAGGUCGAUGCCUUCAUUAAUGACGGGAAGAUCUGCCCCUCCUUCACCUGCCUUAUCGAGGGCUCAUCCUCACACCGGCUCUGUUCAAACCAGCCCCUCAGGCACCCCGUUAGCAGGACGUAGAGGCCGUCAGCUGCCCCAACUCCCACCCAAGGGGUCGCUGGAACGAAAAAAUGGAGACAAGGAAAUAGAGUCUUUUGAAGAAGUUACUUGGGAAGACCAGCUGAGAAAGGUGAAUGGUGCAAUAACUGAUGACAAACAGUUGCCGAAAAAGAAACCCCAUUCUGAGCCAGAAGACAGGACGGCAGAGCAAGAGAAUGGGGACCAAGGUUCGAUGGAUGUAGAAGAGAGAAAUCGUCAGAUAAAAAUGAAGAUCAACAAGUACAAGCAAGUGGCAGGCUCAGACUCGAGGCUAGAAAAAGAUUAUCAUUCCAAGUACCGGUCCGGCCGGGAUCCGCAGAGGGGGUCGGACAAUGUGUCCAACAAGUCGUCAGACAGUGAUGUGAGCGAUGUGUCUGCCGUGUCCAGAACAAGCAGUGCCUCCCGUUUCAGCAGUACAAGCUACAUGUCUGUGCAGUCUGAGCGGCCGCGGGGGAACCGGAAAAUAAAAAGAUUGAGAGAGAUAGGGGAUAGAAGUGAUAGGAAAGAGGGUUGGCAGAGGGGGCAGAACCACAAGGAUACAGGCUUCCCCGAGGAGGAUGAGGGGGAAGUCCAACAGGAAGGAGAUAGUGAGAAGGUGACAGAAGAGUGUCAGGCAGCCAGUGAGAACUCCAACAAGAGAGAAAGCAAGGGCUCCACAGAGGAAGAGAGUCUGCAUGGGGAGCAAGAUGAGGAGACACAGGAACCAAAGGAACCUCACAAAGAGGAUCUGCCAAGGAGGUUAUCAGAAAAUGACAUCAGCAGACAGAUGGGCGCCUCCGGAAAGAACAUGACCAAGAGUACCAGCAUCGGAGGGGACAUGUAUACACUGGAGAAGAAUGACGGGAGCCAAUCCGAUACAGCGGUGGGCACAGUGGGUACAGGGAAUAAGAAGAGACGCUCCAGCAUUGGCGCCAAAAUGGUGGCCAUUGUAGGCCUGUCGCGGAAAAGUCGAAGUACCUCGCAGCUCAGCCAAACAGAAGUUGGGGGUAAGAAGUUGAAAAGCACGAUACAGAGAAGUACGGAAACGGGACUGGCCGUAGAGAUGAGAAACUGGAUGACAAGACAAGCGAGUCGGGAGUCUAAUGAUGGAAGUAUGAACAGUUACAGCUCAGAGGGAAACCUAAUAUUUCCUGGGGUCCGGUUGGGGUCUGACAGCCAGUUCAGUGAUUUCCUGGAUGGUCUUGGGCCUGCACAAUUAGUUGGACGACAGACCUUAGCAACUCCUUCCAUGGGUGAUAUCCAGGUUGGAAUGAUGGACAAGAAAGGCCAAUUGGAAGUAGAAGUUAUACGUGCCCGAGGUCUUGUUGUAAAACCAGGGUCAAAGACACUGCCAGCACCGUAUGUAAAAGUGUAUCUCUUAGAAAAUGGGGUCUGCAUAGCCAAAAAGAAAACAAAGGUAGCAAGAAAAACGCUGGAGCCUUUAUACCAGCAACUGUUAUCUUUUGAAGAAUCACCGACAGGAAAAGUCUUACAGAUAAUUGUUUGGGGAGACUAUGGACGCAUGGAUCAUAAGUCUUUUAUGGGUGUGGCACAGAUACUUUUAGAUGAACUGGACCUUUCCAACAUGGUGAUUGGAUGGUUUAAACUUUUCCCCCCUUCCUCUCUAGUAGACCCAACGUUAGCUCCUCUAACCAGAAGAGCGUCCCAGUCAUCUCUUGAAAGUUCCACAGGACAUUCUUAUGCUCGGUCAUAGCCCUUGUGAAAAACUGUUGACUCUGCAACCAGCGUUUCAAAAAAACAACAACAACAAAACAAUAUGACAACAAAUCAAAAUAUGACGGGUCGCGCACCCUGGUAAUCACUGCAUGCUUAAUGUUGUCUUCUGAGCCUGUUUCUAGGGAUACCAAGCGAUCCUGCAUUCUCAGUGGAAGUCGCACACAUUGUGCGCUAUAGAAGGUUCUCAGGUGAUGGAGUGGAGCUAACCAACGGGUUUGGAGACCAGUGAAGCUCAGUUCUAGCUGAAUCUGAAGCCAUGGAUUACUGACAAUAAAAAAAAAAGAAAUGUUUCAUGCAACAAAAGUCAUCUUCAAUGGCAUACCAUGUUGUUGCAAAGUUUUCUUUUUAUAUUUGCCCCCAAGGACUGGGAACCCCCAAGAAAGAGCUCUUUGUAAGCGGGUCAGUAAUGUAUGAGACAGUGGGAGAAGAUGGCAUCAAAGAAAAAACACCAGUGUUAUAAAGGGCAAUCAUUGUGAACGGUCACAUAGGCCCAUGGUCCGAAAAGAGUUGGCUUUUAGCAUAAAAUAUAAAAGGAAUCCAAUCUUUGAUUAUUUCUCUGGGGAAGAAUUUUUCUGUGGUUAUUCGGUACUUAAGAAACUAAAAUUAUUAUUAUUUUUUUUUUUUUUUUUUGCAUGGACACGGAUCUAACAUGAAAAAUAUUUUCUUUGGGCUGCAACUUGCAAAAAAAAUAAAAAAUGGCAAAAAGAUACAGCCAUUUUCAACAAUUUAUAUUCUUUUUAAGAAAAACAAAUUUCACUAAUGCAUGGUUUUAAAAAGGGGAGAGAAUGCAACGGCGUGAAACAAAGACAAACCACGUUCAUCAUUCUUAAAAACCAAUCAUGGUCUGUGUUUUUGCAGAUGCGUAUAAAAAAAACCCAACAAAUUAAGAACAAAAAAUUAUUUCUAGCAAAUAUUUUAAAUUCUCUUUAUGUGACAAGAAAUAAAUGUAACAUAUACAGUUUAUUUAAAUGUAAAAGGUACAAGCCUUGUAAAGUUUAACAUUAUGUGCAAAUUGUACAUGUCUAUUAUCUCUUCUCUCACUAGUAUUUAUUUUUGCAUUGUGUCUUUCAAUCCCACGUAUCUCCCGGACCUCUUUUCUGAAUCCAUUCUUUCAGGUUUGUCGGCGGCACACACAUUUACCCCACCGUGGGCCGCGACUGCUCCUCCCCCUCCUUCCCCAUUUUUGGAAAAGUGUUGCAGACUUUUUUCCUGCAUUCUUGAAUUCUUUAACAAAAUACAUUGUUUUACCUGGCAAGUUCAGGAGAGGCUAGCCUCCUGAAGCCGAUUGCAUAGCUACCGUUCUUUAUUUCAAGCAUGUUGAAAAAGUAUUUUGCAACAUGGCUUCAGAAUACCUACGGUAAAUCAGCAUGUCUUUGAUAUAGAAGAUAUUUGAACUUUUUUGCAAUAUCUUGUACAGUGCAUGGUACAGUAACUAUUUUUUUCACCAUCAAAUUGAGUCUUAACGGGAAAAAAACAACUAUAAUUAUGUGGCUAUUUUCAGACCUCUUAAAUUCUUUCUCAGCACCCAGCAAUGUUAUCUUGAGGGUUAAACUGAAAUUCCUAUCAUGGGGCAUUAUAGUAUCCACUAUUUUUAAAGAAUGAGCGCCCUUUUUUUGCACCUUGUCAGAAAUCUUUAUCAUACCCGGUGAAGUUUUUAAUUGCUCUUUAAUUUUUCAGCCCUACAAAGUUCAAACUUUUCAAGAGCUUUGUAACAGUGGACAGUUAGCCCAGUGUUUUGGGCGCUGCAGCCUAAACACGUGCCUGCCUAAAGGCACUUUCCUUUAAUGAAUUGUAAUGUUUAAGCGAAAAUAGUCAGAUCAGUCUCAAAGCUUUUUUUUCCCCCUUAAAUAAUACCAAGUAACCCCCAGGGCUCUGGCUGCCAUAUUUGUGCUCCCAAACUUUUAGGGGUGCAACUGUUGAGCCCUGUGCGGCACCUCUGCUUGUUCCCUUUCAGUCCCCGUAAGGUACAAACCAAAAAUAUGUGUUUGGGUGUGUUGAGGUAUUGCAUCUUGAAAGUUAAAGCAUAAAUAUAUAUUUCACUAGUUCAUACGGGUGAAAUAUGACAUUGCCUUUUUUUCCAUUAUUUCCUGGAUUCCCAAAAUCAGUUUUGGGUAGCCCGUAGCUCUCCAUCUAUCAUGGAACUAUAAGUUCCAGCAUGCCCAGGUGGCAUGGCGUGUCGUAACUUGUAGUUUCACAAUAGUUUGGGAGUAAUAGCUUUCCUACCACUUCCCAACUGUAAGUGUAUAUGCAAAUUUGCGUAUCCAUGCACAAAUGCGUAUAGAAACAUUUAUAUAUGAGUGUGUUAUGCCUAUGACUGUGUGUGUAUAUGAAUAUACACAUCUGCAAGCACACAUAUAGACAGCAUUGACAAUAUUAUUUAAUUGCGACAGCUCAUGGAAAAAUAUUUUUAAUACACUUUAUUCUUUAAUAUAUUUUAAUACCCACCAAUAAAAAUUGGCAACAGAAGUAAGGAAAAUAAAGCAUUUCCCUAAUGAUCAUAAUUGCCUUUUUUAAUUUAUAUAAUAGUUUUUCCAUACAGUAGAUAGAUUACCAAAUAUUAUAUUAAUUAUGAAGUUGAUAACGCUGUUUAUCAAAGUAAUUUUAAAUGGUUGUGAACCAGCAAAAUUAUAAUUUAAACAAAAAAAAAAUAAAAAAAAUUAUACAUAUAUAUAAUAUAUAUAUUAUAUAUAUAUAAAAAUAAAAAAGUACCACCUACAGUAUCAUCAUGUCAUAAAUAAUAAAACAAUUUCUGGUAUUGAAAAUGCAGUGUAAUAUGUUAUUUUCUGAAAAUAAAAAUCCCAAGAUGCAUUUUUUUCUUUCUAAUUUUUAUAGGGAGAACAAGACCGUAUAUAAGAUUUGUACAUAAGUAUCAUUAUGCAGUAUUUAUUUUAAAAGAAAUAAAAUUGAUGUAUUUUUAUUUUAUUUCACAUGUCUGCAGCUGUGCCCAUGGUGUGGUCAUGUUAUUCACACUACCCCAGUGACCUCUGCAGUCUUGUACAUAGUACGUUUUAAAAGCAAGAGGAAUUUACAGUUGGGUAAUACGGCAGAUUAGCCUUGCAAUGAGCACCAACUAAUGUAAAGCAUAUUAAUUACGGUGGUGGUAUUUAACACUUUAAAUAAAACAUUUUCUUUACA